AAUACAUUUUCUUGUUAUUUUGAAUUUAUAAUUUUUACGUGUAACUUCGACUUCGAGUUUAUGGGAGAUGAAAACUCCCCUUUACGAUUCGCUCGCGCGAAUUAAAAUGUAGCAGACGACAGAAAGAAGAGAGUUGAAUUUUGGUUGUCGUAGUAGUGACAAGUGAGGAGAUUUGUUAAGAGAUUUAUAUUGAAUUUAUGUAAAGAGAAAGAAAAUAAGUGAGGUUGAAUAAAUAAGAGUUGAAAAGUUUGUGUGACAUAUUAAAAAUUUUAAUAGUCCUAUAAAGACGAAAGGAUUGAUAAAUCAACAAUAAGACAAGCUCUGACUAUUUUUGACUUGGGUGGAGUUGUGACGUAAUCCUGGCAGAGAAGGUUAGAUCUAUAGACAAAGGGAAGAGGAGGAGACAAGUAAAUUUUCAAUUUCGGCCAUAUUCCAAUCAAGCAAUGAUGUCACGACGAGGUUUAAUGAGAAGAAGUUCUUCAUCUAAACAUCGACCUACUGAGGAAUUUAAAAUGCCGGAGGGUUAUUCAUCGUCACCAUCUUUGUUAGACUUCCCAGUACAUGACUCGGGGAAUGGAAGGUCAUUAGGCACUAUACCUCAUCGGCCUCACGACAACCCAGGAAAAUUGAAGGAAGUGGAAAUCAGUGGACUAGAAAUUGUUGACCCAAUCCAAUUACCGAAAGCGACUAUGGAGGACACCGUUUUAAAACGACAAGAGGGUGAAAGUUGGGAAGAAUUUGGAAGUCGACUUGCAGUUGAUGAACUUGACAGAUUCGUCAAAUUUCAAGACCCUAAAUCUUCGGUUGCAGUGGAAAAAUUGAAAGAGAAACAAUCCGAGAAAAUUAAGUUACGGAAUCCAGUACUUAGAAAGGAAGACAUAGUACAUCCAACUGACGAUGACGAAAUUGAACACCCUAGACCAAUUACACCACCUGGUCCUCCAAAUAGACCUGGGAUGGACAUGUUGACGACACGAGUGAGAGGAGUUGGAGAAAAGACUUUUCCUCAAGGACAAUACGAGGCUCUACCAAGGAAAACGACCGGGACCCUGUUUAACGACUUGGAAUCAAUUCCGACUGACCCUACUAUUGAUCCACCUCCUCGAGUAUGCAACAACUGUUGGAGAAAGGGGCAUAACCGUUCCAAAUGUCCAAAACCUGUCACAGAAGCACAUUGCGAAAACUGUGGAAGGAAAUACCAAACAGUAGCCACAUGUCCCCGCUGUGCUAAAGGAUAUCGGAAGUUCCUGUUAGCACAAGCCCAGGGAAAUUCGAAUAAGGAGAAACUCUCACCGAAAGGAGACAAGGAAGAAGAAGAAGUGGAAAGACGUCCAACAACGUUUCGACGACAAGGAAACCCUCUAUUACCUACCAUGUGGAAAGCAGAAAUAAAUUCCAGUGUGGAUAAGGAUGGUCAUGAUUCCCAUGGAAAGGCGUGGAACAUUCCGAAGACACCUUCGCCACCAAUGACUAGACGCCCGAUUUUAUUUACUUCUGGAAAGAAAUCAAAGGAGGAGGAAGCUGCUGAGGAUCGGAAAAGAUCAGACGAUCUUGAAUUGACCAGGGAAGAUGACAAAAUUUCUAAAUCAUCUUGUAGUGACAAUGAUGACCUGCCACCUCCAUAUGAGUCGACUAGGGAACAAGCGAUACCUUUAGUAAAAGCGAUCCAAGAAGUGACUAUAGCAAUGAGAGGUUUGCCCAGCGAAACGAUUAACUUAGCGAUUCAACAGUUAAUCAAGGAACGACAAAUGGAACUGGAGGAAAGAGUACACAAGAAAUAAGUGAGAUGUUUUGUUAAAGACAAUAAGUUUAAUCAAGACCUUGAUAUUUUUUUUUAAAUUAAAAUUAAGUUUUUUUUUUUAUUUGAACAUUUUGAGAAUUAUUGAGAUAUUAUUUUAUUUUGUAUUUUUACGUCGGAUAAAUGACGAGUGAAUUAUAGUAGUAUUAUAUUUUUUUUUUGUGUGUGUAAGACUUAAACCAAAGAGUUAGUUCAAGUCUUAGUGGGGAGUUUUGUGACGUAGUAACUCCGUCAAAUACAUUUUCUUGUUAUUUUGAAUUUAUAAUUUUUACGUGUAACUUCGACUUCGAGUUUAUGGGAGAUGAAAACUCCCCUUUACGAUUCGCUCGCGCGAAUUAAAAUGUAGCAGACGACAGAAAGAAGAGAGUUGAAUUUUGGUUGUCGUAGUAGUGACAAGUGAGGAGAUUUGUUAAGAGAUUUAUAUUGAAUUUAUGUAAAGAGAAAGAAAAUAAGUGAGGUUGAAUAAAUAAGAGUUGAAAAGUUUGUGUGACAUAUUAAAAAUUUUAAUAGUCCUAUAAAGACGAAAGGAUUGAUAAAUCAACAAUAAGACAAGUAAGUAGAGUUUUACUAAAAAGGUCGUGUCUCUGAAAUUAGAUUUUCCCUUUUCUAAUUUUCCCAACGGAAUCUCCUUUGAGAUUGUUAAUUUUGACUAGUGAGAAGUAUUGACAAAUUAUUAUUAUUAAUUACUGAUUCUCUGUAUUAUUGUUUUUGUUAGUUUUUCGACAAAUAAAACUAACUGGCGUCUGACAUGCCAUGUUCGGUGUUAAAUUUGAUUUUUGACGACUAAGGGAAUUAAUAAAAUACUUGGGAUUUUGUAUAUUUUCUAAAUUUAUUAUUAAAAGAACCGUCAUAUUAUGUUUAUACAAAAUUUUUAUAAACAAAAAGUUAUUAAAAAAUAAUUGAAUAACUUUUGAACGACCAAACGAUAUUGAAU